ACCAGAGUGUCACAAUGCCGAUUCAGGGAGUGAAGGCGUUAGCCACGGGCCGAAACGGCGUGGGCGCAUUUAUCCUACAAUGCAAGCGUCUUGACUUUCACUACUGCGACUGGGCCGGGAGCUCAAAGGGCAUGAACUCCUUCCUCCGCCAUGCUCUCCCCAAAUUCGCCGCAGAGAACCCCCAAAUCGAAAUCCGGAUAUCACCGCGACCGCACAAACACCCUAUCAUCAAAGGCCAUUAUAUUAAUGGCCGCGAGAAAGCCAUCUGCGUCCGAAACCUUGAGAAGGAUCAGAUCCUCCAGAAAGCUACUCUCUUGAAAGAAGCCAGCGGAGAGAAACUGAAGACGGUGAGAAAUCCUGUUUCCAGCACAAACGAGAGCGUCAGAGGUAUUUGGGACCCUUAUCAUGGCGACAUCAAGAUGAUAUGAUGCGCGUGACAGUACUACUUGGAGGUUACAUGUGAACGGCGUAGGAGUUUGGGGAUCAGUUUCAAUGAAGAUUGCCAAUGGGUUUAUUUAUUUAGUGGCAUAUUAUCUAUUAUAAAGAAUCAUCCAUUUGAAAUACUUUGUAUUUCAAUUGUCCGAUCUAUAUUGCAUUCCCUUGUGCCCGAUCCAAUGGUCCUAAUACACUAUAAGCUUAAGCAUGAAUCCCAGGCCAAAAUCCACUGCCAAUGCGAGA